UCGCCGACCCAUCCCAGCAUGCUCUCCGGCAGAGUUUCCAGUCCACCCUCCCGUCACGAAUCCCGCCUGCGCACCUUGACCAUCGCCGCGGUCGCCUUGGCGAUCAUAUUCGCCACCGCCAGCCUGGUGACGCUGGCUCUUUGGCCGCGAAGCACCAAGAGCUCGCCGACGUCCUGUGACACCCCGGGUUGCCAGGCGUUCGCCAACGCCUACGCGAAGAGCAUCCGACGCGACGUACCUCCCUGCACAGACUUCGCCGAGUUCGUUUGCGGAGGUCUCGCCGGCGAGAACGUCUCCGUCCGGCAGGAGGCUUACGAGGCGUUCCGCAAUGACCUGGUGCUCCCCGCGCACAACGCGUCCCUCCUGUCGUACGAUUCGCAGAACACCCUCCAGAAGGCGUGGGUCUUCUACAAGAACUGCGAAGACGUGGUCGCGGCGGAUGUCGACAACACCAAAGCCCUGCUCGACAUGAUGAAGGAAGCGCGGCUAGACUGGCCGGCGAGGAACGCUCGCCCGGAUGCCGUGUACAGCAUUCUGUACUUGCAGGGCAAACUGGCCUGGCCGGCGCCGCUCGAGUACACGAUCGAGAACGUCGGCAUCGGCGAUCUCCACGUCACCUUCUCACCUUCGACGGACGUGGAGAAAUAUGCGGGCGACCGAAGGCGGAGGCUGGACCGGAGGGCGGACUACGCCGCCUUCUUCAACGACCUGGUGAAGGUCUUCCGCAAAGGAAAGAAGGGUGUCGCCGUCGUCGACGACUUCGAGGGGACGAUGCUGUUGGAAGAGGAGCACAUCGAGGCCAUCUUCGGCUCGGCCGGCGCUGGCUCGGGCGUGGCGGAAGCCGUGAUGUCGGACUCCGGCGACGGCUGGGCAGAGCGCUGGCGCCUCUCGCUCGCGAAGGUGUUUUCCGAGCGAGCCCUUUCGGGCAGCACGAGAGUCGCCUUCUUGGCCACCGACCGAGGGUGGUUCGAGCGCUUACUCAAGCACGUCGCGUCCAACGAGUCGAACGCGGUGUUCCUGCUCGGAUGGCGCGCCGCCCAGGAGGCGUCCCAGUACGGCAACCGCGCGAUGGCCCUCGGCUACUACCGCACCGAGGAGCAGCCCUUGAAGAGCUACGUGGUGCAUUGCUUCGACCUCUUCUCGGAUCUCAUGGGCCUGGCGUCAAUCAAGGACUACGUGGCCACGCACUUCACCAAGGCCAUGCGCGACGACGUGACCCACAUCGCUCAGAUGGUCCGGCGCAUCUUCUUCGAGAAGCUCACCGAAAGCGUCUACGACUGGCAAGACCUGUCGGUGCUCUACAGCCUGCUGGACAGCUCGCAGUCACCGUCGCUGAACGCUCAGUUCCGCCAACUGCCAACCCUGGGCGCGAGCUUCCCCGAAAACCUGCGCCAGGUCAAGGUACUCCUGCAGGACAAGCCGGACGUCGCCGUGGCCCUGUACGCGCACCACCUGUCCUCGGAGCUCUACAGCAGGAGUGCCUACUACUUCCGCGAGCACAAGGACCGCUCGGUGGCCUACGCGAUGCUACCGCUGGUGCUCAACUUUCCCUACUACGAACCGGACACCCCGCUGGCAGUCAGGUACGGUUCCCUGGGUACGUCUUUGGGGUCACUCACAGCCGAGAUCUUCUUCGCCGAGGCCCAGAAGACGGCCACUCCACCGACGAUCCUCGCUUUCCUCGAGUGCGCCGCCCAGAACGGCGGGAAGGAGCUCGCGGUUCCAAUGGCCGGCAUCCACAUGGCGUACAGGGUGUUUCUGGAGGAAAUGCGAGAGGCGUCCGGCACCGAGAAGCAGCUGCCGCUGGCCGGCCUGGAGGACCUGAGCCCGGGACAGUUGUUCUUCUUUGCCACCAUGUACCACCACUGCGGCUCGGCCGAAUCGAUCAAGGGCAACAAGAUGCUCCGACUGCUCAGCGGCUUCAGCGAGGCUUACGCCUGCGCCAAGGAGAGUCCGAUGCGAGCAGCGGUGUUCUGCAACCAGCUGGACUGACGGGACGACGGCUGCGCCUUGGGACCACGGCAGAAUGUGCUCGGAAGUUUUUCCCCAGUGUUCUAUUUAGUUUCCCUUCACGGUUCCGUGACGUCUUUGGAAGACUUGCGGCCGUGCUAAUUUGUGCUUUAGCCUGCGUUUCCAAAGAAUUGUGUCUUGGUGCUUAAUAACUUUUACGACAACCAACGUUAUCGAACUUGUAUGAAGGCGUCUCAAUUCCUUGUUUACAUAGUGUUGCUCAUUUUUUGGCACUUUCGCUAACUCCAGGGGUGUCGAAGAGAUUUGCCAAAGUUACUGUACUCUCGGUCGACGUGAGCCUCCGUUAUGCUUGUGCCAAGUUGCAGACUGCCACCGCGUUCGAGAUUUGCGAGGCAUACAUGUAAAACAUAAUGCGCGUCAGGAUCUGUGCAGAUAUACUGCACAGGUGCCACUUUUGAUAAGGAGCUCGGGUGUGUCGCAGAUACCAUUACUAGCUCAUCUUCCUUCAAAUGAAGACAGGGUGAUUUGAAAGAGCACCAGAAGGCCUUUCUCUUUAUUUUUUUUUGUGGUGACUUGGCCUCCUAUGCUGAAGGUUACCAGACUGUCACCUUCGUGUGUUACGCGUGUAUGUCGUGAUGCUUCUGUUUUGUGAGUCUAGUGGUGUCUGUCACUGGGACCUAAACCUACGCGUGCUUCCUUUGCGAAUUUCAAAACAGUAGAGACAUUUUUCACUACACAUGGUGAAGCGACGCGGACGUAGCGGAUGCCUUUGCUUUGUUCCUUCGCAGAUGCUCCCUCUCAUCCGAGAGCGUAGAACUGUCAGGUCCUUAAGCAAAGCAUGAAUUUCGCUAAUGCAAUAUAGUGUGCUUCGAGUUCGCCGGAAUGCGUAUUUCUUGCUCGGGGUCAUAACUACGGGUGAUGGCGGUGGCGAUGCUCAGGCGAGUUGCCACGUCACGUAGUGCAAGAAUGCGCGGCAUACGUGUAGAUCGUGCGUGCAGAUUGUGCUGUAGCACACGGACACCCAUUGCAGGCUUCCCUGUAUGCGCGACCCCCUGACCGAACCAUGCUCUGUGAUAACUGUACAGCCCACCGAGACACAAAGUGCAUUAACUCUGCGUUUCUGCCCUGCAGCUGGCCUCCUUAAAGCCGUCUGCAGCGACAGCAAGGAUUCUCCUUGAACGAGCAAUAAAAAAAAAAAAAAAAUGUGGGUGGGUAUUUUUUUGGGACAAGAGACACUGCUCGCAACGUUAUGCUACUAUUUUACAUAACUUGCAUCCAACAAGAGCUCUUUCUUGAAAAGAAGCAUGCUAUAUGAUGAAUUUAUUGGGAAUGUUGGUGGGAAAUUGUUGAUCGAAAUGGAUAACAUUACCUAGAGCAGGUGAGGGGGUUCAUCGUUGUGGCUUCCAGGAGGUGCUGCACUUCACAAUUCGGCUCCGAAGCAAUGUUCCGUCAGACGUUUGCCACCAUUACGGGUUACCAGGCCAUUGCAGUCCCUUCUUGGUUCCUUCUCCUCGUCGGCCAGUACAAAACUGGGGCGUUAUAACGUAAAGCCAUUCCAAACUUUCCUAUUGAACUUCUGCAAUCAGCCUUCCACUAUUGGUCAAAAACUUGUUUGAACCAUCCCCACUUUACCCGUUCCUCACGCGACGUCACCAAAACGGGGAUAGCUUCCUAUCUGAAAUGACGUGAACAUACCGAUUAUGCAUGACUGGAAAGAACAAAAGAAAAAUGGUUGUUUAUGAUUCGAUGCCUUUUUGCCAUUAGCACUUGGUUAUUGGUCAUGUUCUCGGGCGACACCCACUUCACCUGCCUGUCACGCGACGUCACAAAACUGCGAGAACUCACACAUCAAAGUGACGUGUACGCGUUAAAGAUGCAUUAAUAUGCCGAACAAAACUGAGACUCCUUCUGAAUAGGCGCAGGCUGCCCUGUUCCGAAAGGAAUAAAGAUGGCUGCCGCUGAUGGCUCAGGCACUGGCACCUGCCGGAGAGCAUGGGUUUAAUUGCGUACAAUAAAUCUUUUUGUGUGACCGUUAAA